AUGGAACACAAAUAUGUGAAGCAUAGGAUUGAUGCGCUUGACAAUGAGAAUUAUACUUGCAAGUACACUUUGUUUGAAGGUGAUGCGUUGAUGGACAAGCUUGAAUCAAUAUCAUAUGAGGAGGAGUUUGAGAAGUAUGGUUAUGGAGGAUGUGUUUGUUGGGUAUCAUGUGAAUACAACACGAAAGAAAAUGUAGAGAUCAAACAAGAAGACAUUGAGCUUGGGAAGGACAGAGCUGUUGGGAUGUAUGAAGUUGUGGAAGCCUACCUCUUGGCGCACCCUUGUGCCUAUACUUAA